AUGGUGUGUAUAAUCGAUGUGGAAGCACGAAUCAGUACGCUUAGAGUUGUUCAAAAAUACUUGUGUGACCUUUCCAGAAACUCUUCCACUUAUGGGAUUAAUAACCACGGUGUGUUGGACUCUUCAACCAAACAAAGAAAUGAGUCAAAAAGUAUGUCAAUGUUCCUAGCCUUUCUCAAGACUGUGGUCGUAAGAAGAAUAAAGAUACUUAUAAACACUAAGGACGCGUCUUUCGUAGUGACAUCUAAGGACUUAUUGUCGGAAGGUCAAGGUAGCAUGGAGAUACGAGACCCACCUACAGAAGCUCAAGAAAAGAUAAUAACUAGUUUAGCCAAAGUAGUACUUCACCAAAUAAACGCCGUCAAGACAAUGACUCAGAUUAGUGAAGGUCAAGAUAAUCUACUAUUGUCUUUAUUUGUUAAAAAGAUUUCUGUUGAAUUAUAUCCGGAGCCAUUGACGUUGAUCACUAAAGAAAUUUGUACACUUAAUAUCCAAGAAAGAAUUCUGUCGAUUUUAAAGGCCAGUCGCCCAAUUGAAGUACAGCAAACUUUUAAUAAAUUUGAAACUUUUAACACAUAUUUAUUUUGCUGCUUAGAAGAUUUGGACACUAGUGGAUGUGCUGCGUUAAUGGAGGAAUUCGAUAAAAUUGAUUUGGAACACGAAAAUAAUAGUACCAGUGACAUCGAUGAUCGUACGUUAAAUAAUGAUGUUUUAACAGUGGGCGACAGUCAGUUACCUGUCAGUAAACAGUUUUCAGAACUAACUAAAGCCACUUUUCUUCCUUCCAAAAAAUUUGAUAAUCUUUGGGAAUCUUUACAUUUUGACUCUGCAAUUAAACAAAAGAUGUAUAGUUACGCCACAAUAUCAUUAAAAUUGUCAAAGCUCCUAGACAAUUCAAACUCAUUUAGCGUGCAAAAUAUACUAGUCAAUAACAAACUUCUCAUAGUACAUGGCCCUCCAGGAACAGGAAAAACAACAUUAUGUAAAGCUCUGUGUCAGAAACUCUCUCUCAGAAGAGAACAGCAAUUUCUUGAGGAUAGAAGCAAAAAUAACUAUCAAGGCUUGAUUAUUGAGAUAAUUUGUUCCAAAAUAUUUACCAGGUGGUUUGGUGAAUCUCCAAAAAAUGUCAAUCAACUGUUUAUCGAUGUAGAAAAGCUAUUAGAAAUUAAUGAACACAAGGGCUCAUUUAUAUGUAUUUUGAUCGACGAGGUCGAAGCAAUUGCUGGCUCAAGAAAGGAUCUUAUGAGUAAGAAUGAAUCCAGCGAUAGUAUGAGGGUAGUAAAUACUCUUCUAACCUGCUUAGAUAGACUGAAAAAAUACAAAAAUUUUUUGAUUUUAGCGACAUCAAAUAAUUUAGAUGCAUUAGACCCUGCUUUUAUAGACAGGUCAGAUGGUACCUUCUAUGUAGGCAACCCAUCAGAGCAGGCUAUCAUUAAAAUCCUUUCUGAAACUAUUUCCACUCUGAUAGACAGCCAGAUAAUAUGUUCAAAACGUUAUGACAAUCAAAUUUUGAAAAACCCUCAAUACGUCACGUUAUUAAAAGCAAUAGCGAAAUCAUGUUUUGAAGCUGGCGUCAGCGGGAGAAUACUCCGCAAAUUACCUUUGCUCUGCCUUUCUGAACAUUUUCAGACGCUGCCAGUGGAAAUCAACCAUUUUUUGGUUGGACUAGCGACUACAAUAAUGUCACUUUGA